UUAUAAACCAAUCACCGAAACACAAAAAUGACAUAAGGAACAAAUCAAUCGCAACAAUAGAUGACCCAAGCCGGUACAAAUUAAUAAAAAAAUUAAACGAUUCCGGUUUGAGGCCCACAUGUAACUUUAGUAAUUUUGACAACCCAUUUCCAAUGCAUAAUCGCCAAAAAAGCCUUCAAAUUCGCCUAAAUAAUCCAAGGCGCAAUGUUCCGACGUGUCUUUAAUAGCCUCCUGGAGACAACCGCACAAACCGAGGUUGUCUACCCGAGCCCAUUCACUAAGCCUGAGACUAUACCGUUCGGGUGGCUCUCAAGUGUGGCCCCCUGCUUCCCUAUCAAAGCCAGUAAUAUUAGGAUUUUAUCGGAGCCCCCACACUUUUAUAAUGUUUUAAAAGAGGGUUGCGCUUCAGCGACGAGACGUAUAGUAUUGGUCAGUCUCUAUUUGGGGACUGGUAACUUGGAGAAAAACCUAGUCAAGGCUGUUUUGGAUAAUGAGAAUUUCCAAAAAGGGGGCCUUAGUGUUAGUGUCUUGUUGGAUUAUAUGAGGGGGAGUAGGUUUGAGGUAAAUUCUCGAACUGUCUUAAGGCCCCUCUUACAAAAAAACGGUAAUUGUACCGUUUCGUUGUACCACACUCCAGUCUUGAGGGGGCUCCUAAAGAAAGUGACUCCACAUAGGUGGAACGAACUGUACGGCUUGCAACACAUGAAGCUGUACAUUUUUGAUGAUACGCUUGUCAUUAGUGGGGCUAACUUAUCAAAUGAUUAUUUUACGAAUAGGCAAGACCGUUAUUUUGUAAUUAAAGAUAAAAGGUUGUGUGAUUUUUACUGCGGUCUAGUUAAAAGAGUACAAAAAUUUAGCUUAACUUUAGAUAAGAAUAAUAAUGUAGGUCUGGACGAGGAAUGGACACACUUACCGUACAAGGGCAGCAAAAACGACUUCAUCGAGGAGGCUGGGGACAUCGUUGACAGCUACAUAACUGAAACAAAAGACGAACGUAACAUACACAAAGAGGACGGGUUUGACACUUGGAUCUUCCCCUUGGUGCAAAUGGGUCAACUCGGCAUCACGCAAGACUCCGACACCACUACUCGCCUCCUCUCGGAAGCCCCCCAAGACUCCAUCUUGUGCAUUUCUACCGGUUACUUCAACCUCACUUCCCAAUACAUGACCACGUUAAUAAAUCAAACCUCGGCCACGUGUAAAAUCCUCAUGGCGCACCCCAAAGCUAACGGUUUUCUGGGGGCCAAAGGCCCAGCCGGGGGAAUCCCCUACGCCUAUUCCCUCAUCGCUCACAAGUUUCGAAACGAAUUCGAAAAACUGGACCAACAAUACCGAAUCGACCUCUUUGAGUAUUUGAGGGACAAAUGGACGUACCACGGCAAGGGGCUGUGGUACUACGCCCCCAAAGACAACAACCCGAGUUUGACUCUAAUUGGGUCCCCGAAUUUCGGCGAAAGGUCGGUGCGACGCGACCUCGAAACGCAACUAGCCGUUGUUACCGAAAAUCCAGUAUUGAAAAAAGAGUUACAUGAAGAGUGCCAAAGAUUGUACGGGUUUGGGAGGCCCGCUGAGACGGAGAGGGCUGUGCCCACGUGGGUGCAUGCCUUUGUGUUUUUCUUCAGGAAUUUUUUUUAAGGGGAAAUGUGAUUGUUUUAUUUAUUUUGUUGAUUUAAUAAAGCUUUAGCAGUUUU